AUGGAUAUUGAACCCUCGUGGGAUCUUGGGGGGUGGUUAUUUCUUUUCCUUGAUUGUAUGGCAACACCUAAAACACCAUCAACGGUAGUCUCAUACGCCUAUGCUGAAUCCCACUCUCUCCUUCUCUUGUUCCUCACUCUCGUUUUCGUUUUCCUUCUACUCGUUAACCCUACUACUACGAACCCCGCAACGUCAUCCAAUGUCACGUCUUCAAUCCCUUUCAAGAGGCUCCUCUUAGAUAAUUCCUCGAAAUCAACCUCUUCUACCAUGAACUUGCAUCCCAAGAAAGCGAAAAACACGCAUACUUCUUCUUCAUCCUCGCCGUCAAAAUCUUCACGAAGAGAGUUUGGAGCCGAAGCUCACGACGUUCCUAGCGGUCCAAACCCUAUUUCCAACAGGUAAGUUUGAUUUGUGGAGACAUGAACUACGGGUUGAAGAUGAUAGAGUCGUGAUGGCAAAAAGUUAUUGUUAAUAUUGUUUGUCAUCUUUACGAGUACUGUUUAGUUCUUCCAUUAAUACUGCAGCUUGUCCCAUUUGUGAAAAGUUUGUUGUCAUCUUCAUCAUC